GGUCUGAGGCUGCAGUGAGCGGGAGCCGGUGAAACUACAGCGGGUCAGUGCUCGGGUCUGUGAGGAUACCGCAUCGCUGCCGGACGGAGGACUGAAGUGUGGAAGAGUCCUCCACACAGCGACUGUGGUGUUGUCUCAGUGUCUCAUGGAGCUGCAGGCCUGGACUUGAAUCAGCGUCUCAGACCAGAGGAACAAAGACUCUCCUCUCAGGGAGGAUGGACUCUGAAUCUUUGGACCGGUGCAUCCAGACUACUCUGUCAGCCCUCUACCCCCCCUUCCAGGCCACGUCCUCGACUGUCCUCUGUCAGGUCCUCAACGUGGUGGAUAGCUGCUACAGAGGAGACGGCCUCCGCUACCUGCUCCACUUCCUGCUGCCUGCAAAGCACUUCCUACAGAACCUCCAGCAACAUGCCUGCUUGCAGUACUGUGGUUGGUUGUUCUGUCAUGAAGGCUGGCCUCUGUGCAUCCAUGAGAAGAUAGUCGUUCAGCUCUGUCCUUUGGACCAGCGUCUCCUUCGUCCAGGAGACUUCUACCUGCUGGUUUCUCCUGCCGCUCCUCCUCCUCCUCGAACACACAGUGCCUCCUGCAGAAGCAGCGUCACCUCCUCCCCCCGGCUCCUCCUGUGCAGCGUGUCGGCCGGCAGCCAUCAUGUGGAGCAGCAGGAGGUGUCGGAGAUAGCUCUGCGGUCCCUCUUCAGCAUGGCCUGGCUGGACUCUGUCAACAGGGAGCGUGAGCGGCGAGGAGCAUCCAGGCUGGAGCGCUGCCUCCUCUCUGCCAACGGAGACGUCUUCAGGGUCCCCUGGGAGGACCUGGUCUACCCACAAUUCAUUAGCCGGCCCCGGACUACCCUGAAGGAGGACAAGGAGUCCUCUGUUAAGGACGGGGAUAUGUUGAUUAACACAUCGCAUAAUCUCUGUACAGAUACUAAACCCUCAAGACAGGAGGAUGUAAAGCUCCUCCCAUCUGCUUCAAAAACCAACCAAUCACCAGCAAGCAGCGAGGCGGAGGACUCGGAGGGGGAGUACGUGGAGCUGACAGAGCUGCCGUUGCCUCGCUUCUCCCCUCAGAAAGGUUCCUUAACCCAGUCCAUCAGUCUGCAGCACCGAGCCAGGACCAGCACAGACACCUCUGCACACACAGCUCCAACAACACACACACCUCGAAACACCAACACACUCUCUGCUCAGAGCACGCACACACGUCACAACAAACCCACAAACACACACCCUGUCAGUAUAACACCAAACCCUGUGGAGGUCAGUGCCCACACCAGGCUUUGCUCCAAGCUCAUCAAAGAAAACCUCAGUCAGGACUCCUGCAGACCUGUCAUCCUCACCCCCGUCUCCCCCGCCACCCCCUCCUCCUCCUCUGCUCCUCCUGAAGUCAUGGGCACCUCCAGCGGUGAGUCAGAGCACCGGACGUCACAGGAGCAAACAGAAGGUACUGAUUCAGACAGGUGUGUGAAAGUUUACACUGAGCCGGAAAAGAACUGCAGAGAACAGAGAGAGGAGGAGGUGGAGGAGAAGGGAGAGGAGGAGCGAGGGAAAGAGGGGGAGGUGGAGGAAAAGAGGGAAGAGGGAGAGCGGAUGGAGAGGCAGAUGAGGAAGCAUGAAAUGGUAGUGUCAGUUGAUGAGGGUGUCGUGGAGGAGGUGAAACAGUUGGAGGAGACUGUGUUUAGGAGGGAUGAAGAUUUACUGCCACACACACAGACUGCAGAGGAGGGAGGAGAAAUGGAGGAGCAGGACGGAAGUGAAGUGACAGAAGGAGAGGGAGAGGAGGAGUUGGAUGAUGAGGGAGUUGAUGAGGCAGAGGAGGUGGAGGUAGAAGAGGAGGUUCAGGUUAUAAUUGUGCAGCAGAAUCAAGAAAGAAGGGAGGAGAAGCAAGUGAUGAAAGAAGACGAGAGAGAAGGAGGAAAAGAGAAAGAUGAAGAAGAAGAAGAAGGUAAAGAAACACACACUGAUAAAGAAGCUGACUCAUGUAUCAACACACACUCUGAGGACUCUUAUUCUGAAAAUAACACACAGCACACACGCUCCAUGGACUCUUAUUCUGAAAAUAAUACAAUGCAAACACACUCUGAGGACUCUUAUUCUGAAAAUAAUGCUCUACAAACACAUUUAGGUGACUCUUAUUCUGAAAAUAACACACAGCACACACGCUCCAUGGACUCUUAUUCUGAAAGUAAGACACUACAAACACACUUGGAGGACUCUUAUUCUGAAAAUAACACACCACAAACACACUUGGAGGACUCUUAUUCUGAAAACAACACACUACAAACUCACUUGGAAGACUCCAACAAACAACACACAAACUCUUACUCUGAAAACAUUACACAACACACACACUCUGAGGACUCUUAUUCUGAAAACACAAAACCUCCAACACACUCUGAGGACUCUGAAGAGUCCAACACACCACCAAGCGUCUCCUCACCUGCAAUGGAUCCAGAGUCACUUUGGACUGAGCCAGAGGAGUCUGAACGUGGACAGAGGGAGCAGGACGAGGAGGACGAGGAGGACGAGGACGACUGCAGCUGUGAGGAGGUUGGUGGAGGAAGAGCUGCAGAGCUUCAAACUGAAGGUGUCAUGGGUGAACCACCUCCUGUCCAAUCAGGGGUCAGUCUGUCUACUGGUCUCAGUCCAACAGAACCAGAACAACCAGAACCCUCUCCACAGCUGGAUCAGUCAGGUGCUCCCACAGUCCCACCGGAGCAGGUCACCCAGUCCUCCCAGUCCUCCCAGUCCAGCUUCUACAGCGUGCUGCUGAGCUCCGGAGCUCUCUGUUUGCCUGGAACCAGAGACAGAAGUGGACGAGCUCUGCUGACGGUCUGUACCAGGAGCUCCAUAUGGUCAAACCCUGACUGCGACGGGGCAGAGCUGCUCCGCCUCCUGCUCUACUACACUUCUACCCUCAGGAAGGAGGUGCGAGCGUUGGGGCUGACGGUGCUGGUGGACGCCCGCGGAGCUGCUCCUGUCCCCGCCCUGUUCUCUGCCCUUAGCUCCCUGCAGGAGAACAUACCAGGCUCCAUCCACACUGUGUUACUGCUGAUCAACAAAGACUCCACAUGUCCACGUGUGGACAAACCUGCAGCCACACAGGUGGAGGUGUUGAGCUCCCUGAAGUCUCUUCAGAAAGUGGUGGAGCUCCAGCAGCUUCCUGCAGAGCUGGGAGGAUCGUUCAGCUUCAGGCAGAGCAGCUGGCUCAGCUUCAGAUCGAGAGUGGAGCAGCUGACCAAUCAGUGUGAGGACGUCAUCAGUCUGCUGCAGAAAACCAUCAACGUCCUGCAGUGUACACCUCUACCUGCUGCUGCUGAGGAUGCCGAGCUGCUGUUGUCCAAGUACAAAGCGGUGAUGCGCAGCAUCCUUGAAGACAGACGAUUGGUCCGGUUACAGCAGGAGGGCGGGGCCUCUCUGUCACGGCUGCGCAGAGAGGAGAGUGGCAUCAGUGGGACAGAGGAGUACCGGACAGAGGUGGAGACAGUGUCGUCUCUGUACGAUCAGGUGGACGAGCUGCUGCACCGCCUCGUGACUCUGUCCAACUCCAGGACUCAGGAGCUGAACUUCAUCCUGGACUUCAGGAGCCUGGAGCAGGGCUUCACUGAGGUGAGGUCCUGGCUGGAGGACGUCGGUGAAGUUCACCUGAAGACUCUGGAGGAGCCGGAGGACUCUCUGGAGCUUCUGAACAAAAAGCAGCAGGACUUCAAGGACUUCUACACAACUGCAUAUGAGCACUGUAAACGAGGCCAGGCCUUGUUGGGUCGUCUGGAGCGCUGGGGCGACGUGUCGUCAUCUGACCUCCACAUCUAUGAGGUCAAAGUUCGUGCUUUCUGGGCCCAGCUCCAGGAUUUCUCCCAGCGGGUCAACGCCACCGGCCAGAACAUCGACCGGGCCGUCCGACUCUACCGCUUCUUAGACGAGGCCUAUGGCUGGGCGUUGGAGGGUAUGCGUCACCUAGCUGGCGUCAGUAUGGAGGACUGCACGCUGCCGGGCAAGUGCCAGGCUGUGAUUGGCUGUUUGGAAGACUACCAGCGCCAGCACCCGCCCAUCCCAGACGCCCGUUUUCAGGAGAUGAAGGCGGCGGUGGAAGAGCUGCGGGGGGAGCAAGGCCUCCGUCAGUGGAGCUUCGCCUGGUCCAAGUGUCAGGAGACCAAGAAGAUGUUUGAUAGGAAGAUGGAGGCGGCGCUCAGGACACGAGACUCUUCCCAGCGACGGUGCUCUGAGUCCGCCCUCAGCAGAAACCCCGCCUCCUCCAGGAAGACACUGUCAGGACUCUGGGGGCUCUGUGAGACCCCCUCCUCAUCCUCCUCCUGCCCCCCAGAGGAGGACACCAACACUUCCUCACCUCCUCGUAACUCCUCCUCCCUGCUCCCCCUCACCUCCUCACCCAUCACCUCCACACCUGCUCCUUCCAUCAGCUUCUCUCACACCCCCCAGCACACCCCCCUCCUCCACCGUCUGUUCCGCAGCGCCUCCUCAGAGGAGUCCUCAGACCGGGUAGAUAUCUGCUCCUCCAGUCCGAGCCUCCCCCGCCUGGACUCUUCUGCCAGCUUCACCCCCUCUUCAGCCUGCUCCUCCUCCUCCUCCUUCUCCUCCAGUAGACGGCAGCAGCUCAGGAAGACUCAGAGCUUCGACUGCCCCUCCACCCCCGAGGCAUCGCGGUACGGGCCGUGUCCUCGUGCCCUCAGCGAGCCGGUGCGCAGAGGAAACACCGGCGUGUUCAUCCGCGGCCUGGAGGUCAGCAGCACCGAGGCAGCCGACCACACGCUCUGCCCCAGGACGGCCGCUCACGGCUGGGCGGGACAGGGCCUACGCAGCCCCAGGACACCCGGCACCCCGAGAACCACCAGCAGACCUGCAGCAGACCCCCAGCCCAGGGGAAGUAAACUGCGUCACAUCGUGGAGGAGAUGGUGACCACAGAGCAGGAGUACGUUCGCUCUCUGCGGUACAUCAUCCAUCACUACUUCCCUGAGAUGGACCGGGUCGACGUUCCUCAGGACCUGAGGGGGAAACGCUCCGUGGUCUUCGGGAACCUGGAGAAACUUCUGGACUUCCACAGUCAGUUCUUCCUCAGAGAGCUGGAGGCCUGCUGGAAACACCCGCUCAGAGUGCCGCACUGCUUCCUCAGACAUCAGGAGCAGUUCGGUCUCUACGCUCUGUACAGUAAGAACAAACCCAAGUCUGACGCUCUGCUGUCAAACCACGGAAACUCCUUCUUCAGGAGGAAGCAGGUGGAGUUGGGAGAUAAGAUGGACCUGUCGUCCUACCUGUUGAAGCCCAUUCAGAGGAUGAGUAAGUACGCUCUGCUCCUCACUGACCUCAUCAAGGAGGUGGGUGUGGCCCAGGAGGCGGAGCUAGCUGCCCUGCAGGCCGCCACAAACAUGGUCAAGUUUCAGCUUCGCCACGGCAACGACCUGCUGGCAAUGGACGCCAUCCGAGACUGUGACGUGAACCUGAAGGAGCAGGGUCAGCUGAUCCGUCAGGACGAGUUCACUGUCUGGACCGGGAGGAGGAAAUGUCAGCGUCACAUCUUCCUGUUUGAGGAGCUCGUUCUCUUCAGUAAACCCAGGAAGAUGGAGGGAGGUCUGGACGUCUUCAUUUACAAACACUCCUUCAAGACAGCAGAUGUGGGUCUGACGGAGUCGACAGGAGACAGCGGGCUGAGGUUUGAGAUCUGGUUCAGGAGGAGGACGUCCAAGAAUCAGACCUUCAUCCUUCAGGCCGCCACGCCAGACGUCAAACACGCCUGGACGAGCGACAUCGCCCGAAUCCUGUGGACCCAGGCCACCAGGAACAAAGAGAUGCGUCUGAAGGAGAUGGUGUCGAUGGGAGUGGGGAAUAAACCGUUUCUGGACAUCCAGCCGAGUGACGCCGCCAUCAGCGAUCGAGCUGUUCACUACAUCAUGAAGAGCAGAGGUGCCAGGACGAGGGCGUCCAUCGCCGUCUCCGUCUUCGAUCACUCUAACCCUUUCAAACGAGGAGCGGUGACCUCUGACCCCUCAACAUCUGGACCUUCUUCCUCCAGUCUGCUGGGACCGCUCAACCUGCACAUGUACAGCCAAACCCUCCCCCCCUCCCCCGCGGCCGAAAGCUCCUUCAUCACUUCCUGUAUUGAGGAGGAUGAGCAGGAACACGAGACCAGCAGCCAGCCCUCCAUGACCACAGAGAGUUCAGGUUCAUCAUCUCGCUGUCUCUCUGGCUCCACCGGCUCCGACAGCGGCUGCGUCUCCUCUCACCUUCAGGAGCCGCUGCCCGAGGAGCCGAGCACCCCCGGCCAGCCCUCCUCCUCCUCCUCCUCCUCCUCCAACAAACAGCGCCUCAGCAGGCAGUACAUUUCAGCGAAAUCUGCUCCAGUCAUCAGCCCGGCCACCGUCGUGUGAGUCAGCUCACCUGGAGGACUGGACCGUGUGUGUCCAUCCUGCUGCAGUUUGAAGUUUCUGAUGGUUUGAACCUGAAGUCGCAGUUUCAACUAAAAACACUUGAUUUUUGAUGUAGUUUUAUUUAUGUUUGUGCUUCAUCAGGUAAAGUUUGUUCUGUAAAUAAGUUUGUUUGUGUGGUUCCACUCCUCACAGCUGCUGCUGGCUGUCUCUGUGUCCUGCUGAUCCAGAGUCAGUCUGCCAGCAGCUGGUCCGGUCUGUGAGGACAGGUUUGUGUUGGUCCAGGAUCAGCUGGACUCCCUGUACAUGUGUGUAAAUACCCUGCAGCUCAGCGUCUGCUGUCACUUUUCUUACUUGAAUAAACCUGAGUUUGUUGAACACGGA